AUGGGCAAAAUAUUUUUAGAUCAUAUUGGUGGAACACGUUUAUUUUCAUGUGCAGCUUGUGAUGUGGUAUUAACUAAUCGUUCUGAGUUAAUCAGCACUAGAUUUACAGGAGCGACAGGUCGCGCAUUUCUAUUUCAUAAAGUGGUAAACCUAGUAUACUCUGAAGUUCAAGAUAGAGUAAUGCUGACUGGUAGACAUAUGGUGAGGGAUGUCUCUUGCAAGAAUUGUGCUACGAAGCUAGGUUGGGUGUAUGAGUUUGCGACUGAAGAAAAUCAAAGAUAUAAAGAAGGGAGAGUCAUCCUAGAGCGUGCAUUGGUGAAUGAAACAGAAGGAAUAGAAGAAAUUCCUGUAAACAAUGAUGAU